UAUAUACUCGGAAGUCCCCAAAUGCUAAACCGUGCCAUCAGCUUUUGAUUGAAGAGAAAGACAUAUAUACAAAGCUAAAACCUAAACUCGAAACAAAGAUCAACAUCCAUGGCUAUCUUCAACACUCAUAACACAUGGGCCUUUGCCUUCGGCUUGCUCGGAAACCUCAUUUCCUUUGCUGUUUUCCUCUCCCCCGUACCAACGUUCUAUAGGAUUUGUAAAAAGAAAACCACUGAAGGAUUUCAAUCUCUUCCGUAUGUGGUGGCCCUCUUCAGCGCGAUGCUUUGGCUCUACUAUGCUACACAGAAGAAAGAUGUCUUCCUUCUCGUCACCAUCAACUCCUUUGGCUGCGUCAUUGAGACCAUCUACAUCGCCAUAUUCAUAGCCUUCGCCACCAAAGAAGCACGAAUGUUUACGGUUAAGCUCUUGUUGCUAAUGAACUUUGGAGGGUUCUGUGUAAUUCUCCUUCUCUGCCAAUUCUUAGCAAAAGGAUCGACACGUGCUAAGAUAAUCGGAGGAAUCUGUGUCGGAUUCUCUGUCUGCGUUUUCGCUGCGCCGCUUAGCAUUAUCAGAACGGUUAUAAAAACAAAAAGUGUGGAGUACAUGCCGUUUAGCUUAUCCUUGACACUUACCAUCAGUGCGGUCGUCUGGCUCCUUUAUGGUCUCGCUCUUAAGGAUAUCUACGUUGCUGUAAGUCAUCGUAACCAUCAUCAUUAGUUACGUGAAAAUGGUUGCUUGUGUUUCUAUGUACAUGAGCUGAGCAUAUACACGAAAGGUAUAAUCAUAGAGACAUGGAUUCACAAAAGUAUAACCCUUUUGUUUGGUAUUAUUGUCGUUUUACAUUUAUAAUAAAGAUACUCACUUUUUGGUCUUUCAAAAGAAAAACCUUAAAGAUUGUAUCUUUUGAAAAAGAGUCCUAUAACACAUGGA